AUGGGGAAAGUUUGGAUUUUGAUUGUGAUGGUGGUGGUGGGUGUGGUGGGCAUUGAAGGGGCAAGGAAGUCUCCAACAGGGAGGAUCCACACUCUCUUCUCUGUGGAAUGUCAGAACUACUUCGACUGGCAGACGGUGGGGCUGAUGAACAGUUACAGGAAGGCCAAGCAGCCUGGACCCAUCACAAGACUCCUCAGCUGCACUGAUGAGGAGAAGAAGAAAUACAAAGGGAUGCAUUUGGCGCCAACCUUUGAGGUGCCCUCCAUGAGUAAACACCCCAGAACUGGUGACUGGUACCCUGCAAUAAACAAACCUGCUGGGGUUGUCCACUGGCUUAAGCAUAGUAAGGAUGCAAAAAACGUUGACUGGGUUGUCAUUCUGGAUGCAGACAUGAUAAUCCGUGGUCCAAUUCUACCUUGGGAACUUGGUGCAGAGAAAGGAAGACCUGUUGCGGCAUAUUAUGGGUACUUAAUAGGUUGUGACAAUAUUUUGGCUCAACUGCACACAAAACAUCCAGAACUGUGUGACAAAGUUGGUGGGCUUUUGGCCUUUCAUAUAGAUGACCUGCGAGUUUUUGCUCCCUUGUGGCUUUCAAAAACCGAAGAAGUUCGGGAAGACAAGGCUCAUUGGGCAACAAACAUAACUGGUGACAUCUACGGGAAAGGAUGGAUCAGUGAGAUGUAUGGAUACUCUUUUGGUGCUGCAGAGGUUGGACUUCGACACAAGAUCAAUGAUAACUUAAUGAUCUACCCAGGUUAUGUUCCUCGAGAGGGAAUUGAGCCGAUUCUUCUUCACUAUGGGCUGCCGUUUACUGUUGGGAAUUGGUCAUUUAAUAAACUGGCUCACCAUGAUGAUGGAAUUGUAUAUGAAUGUAACCAUCUCUUUCCAGAACCUCCUUAUCCCAAAGAGCUGAGACAGUUGGAAAUUGAUCCUAAUAAAAGGAGAGGCCUAUUUCUAAGCAUAGAAUGCAUAAACAUUAUAAAUGAAGGCCUUUUAUUACAACAUGCAGUAAAUGGUUGCCCUAAACCAGUAUGGUCUAAAUACUUGAGCUUUUUGAAAAGCAAAGCUUAUGCAGAACUAACUCAGCCAAAAUAUGUGACUCCUGCUACUUUACAAAUGAUGGAAGAUAUCAAAGAAGAACAUGUUGAUGAUGGUGCUGGGAAGCCACAUCCCAAAAUCCAUACCCUUUUUUCAACCGAAUGCACCACAUACUUUGAUUGGCAGACUGUGGGACUUAUGCACAGUUUCCAUAGAAGUGGACAGCCUGGAAAUAUUACUAGACUUCUCAGCUGCUCUGAUGAGGAAUUGCAGAAGUAUAAAGGCCAUGAUUUGGCUCCUACACAUUAUGUCCCUUCUAUGAGUCGACAUCCAUUAACAGGAGAUUGGUAUCCAGCAAUUAAUAAACCAGCUGCAGUCCUUCACUGGCUUAAUCAUGUAAAUACUGAUGCUGAAUUCAUAGUGAUUCUUGAUGCUGACAUGAUUUUAAGAGGCCCUAUAACACCAUGGGAAUUCAAAGCUUCUCGUGGUCAUCCUGUUUCAACACCCUAUGACUACCUUAUUGGCUGUGACAAUGAGCUUGCGAAAUUGCAUACUAGCCAUCCUGAGGCUUGUGACAAGGUUGGUGGUGUAAUCAUUAUGCAUAUUGAUGAUCUCCGGAAAUUCGCAUUGCUAUGGCUGCAUAAAACCGAGGAGGUCCGAGCUGAUAGAGAUCAUUAUGCAAGAAAUAUAACAGGAGACAUAUAUGAAUCUGGGUGGAUUAGUGAGAUGUAUGGUUACUCAUUUGGUGCAGCAGAGUUGAAAUUAAAACAUACUAUAAACAGUGAGAUACUGAUAUACCCGGGUUAUGUUCCUGCUCCUGGUGUCAAAUAUAGAGUCUUUCAUUAUGGAUUGCAAUUCCGUGUUGGGAAUUGGAGCUUUGACAAAGCAGACUGGCGUGACGUAGACAUGGUCAACAAAUGCUGGACGAAGUUCCCGGACCCACCAGAUUCCUCAACACUUGAUCAAGCUAACAAGGAGCAUUUCCAGCGAGAUCUGCUCAGCAUAGAAUGUGCUAAAACGUUGAAUGAAGCACUGAAUCUUCACCACAAGAGAAAAUGUGCAAGUGAAAAUUCCUUGACAUUAGAAGGGAAGGAGAAAAAAGAGGAAAGUGUAGUCUCAAGGGUGAGCAACCUAGAUGCAAAUGACGAUUCCACAAACAAUCAUAUCUUGACGGAGGAAAAAUCAGAAAGUGUUCGGAAAGAUGAGAUGCCUAGUUCUUUCAGAUUUUGGAUGAUAUUCUUGUGGGCAUUUUCUGGAGUAGGUUUCUUGGUUGUCAUUUUUUUGGUGUAUUCAGGUCAUAGAAGAAGUGGAACCAGGUCAAAACAUGGUAGGAGGAGAAGAAGCUUGCAUUCAGGUUUCAUGGAUAUGAACGGACGUGAUCGGCACAGCCGCAGCAGCGACGUUCCUCUGUAG